CCCCGACGACUUGUUGAUUCCCAGGAGCGCCGCCUUUUCGGUCUGGACCCCCGGCCCCGAGUGGGCUCUCUGGCUUACCUGUUCCCCAGGUGCGGGCCUGGGAACUGCUGAGACGCUCCCGGGACGGCCGCCUCCCGCCCGCCCCCCAACUUCUGAGCCAUGAGCAAGUUGGGCAAGUUCUUCAAAGGGGGAGGCUCUUCUAAGAGCCGCGCUGCCCCCAGCCCCCAGGAGGCCCUGGCCCGACUUCGGGAGACCGAGGAGAUGUUGAGCAAGAAACAGGAGUACCUGGAAAAUCGGAUCCAGAGAGAACUCUCCCUGGCCAAGAAGCACGGCACGCAGAACAAGCGAGCUGCCUUGCAGGCCCUAAAGAGAAAGAAGAGGUUUGAGAAGCAGCUCACUCAGAUUGAUGGCACGCUCUCCACCAUCGAAUUCCAGAGAGAAGCCUUGGAAAACUCACACACCAACACCGAGGUGUUAAGGAACAUGGGCUUUGCAGCAAGAGCAAUGAAAGCGGCCCACGAAAACAUGGAUCUGAACAAAAUAGAUGAUUUGAUGCAAGAGAUCACAGAGCAACAAGAUAUCGCCCACGAGAUCUCUGAAGCAUUUUCUCAACGGGUCGGAUUUGUUGAUGGUUUUGAUGAGGAUGAACUGAUGGCAGAACUUGAAGAACUGGAGCAGGAAGAAUUAAAUAAGAAGAUGACAAAUAUCCGACUUCCAAACGUGCCUUCCUCUUCGCUUCCGUCACAACCAGAAAGAAAGCCCAGCAGGGUCCCCACUGCACAUCGAUCCCGAGCAGCUUCUUCCAGGAGGACAGGAGAAGAAGAUGAUGAUAUCAAACAGUUGGCAGCUUGGGCUACUUAAACGAAAAUGGAGUUUUUUGACACCUGAAUUCAUGAGCUGUACAUAAGACAUGAAAACAUACUUUUUGCCAAGUUCAGAAAUCAACAAAGACCCUGUCUUUAUUUAAUACUGGAUGAAUACUUGUCUUUGAAGCCUCAUAAGUCAAUAUUAAAAAAGGAGUUGUGUGCAGACAUAGAUUCAAGGAUGGAAGAGGGCCUCCUGGCGGCGUCUUGGAGAAUCUCUCCAUACUGACGGUGUGCAUGGUUGUCCACCUAACUCUGUUUGUUCUGACACCCUGGGUCCCUGAAUCCUGAUGAUAUAUGUGUCUGUCCAUCCUGAGUCCCUCCAUACUGAUGGGGCAGGGGCAUGGCUGUCUACCUUGUUUGCUACUCUGUUUCUGGUUCUGGUACAUAGUUGGUGCUCUCUGUGAUUCUGUUGAAAGAAAACUAAAUUCUCCUGCCAUAUAAGAUGUAAAACAGUGUAUAAGCCAUUUAAGAGUGAUAGAUUAGGAUAGCCGGGGGAAAUACCUCUCUUUUCCAUGUGAAUGGGAGUUUGCUUGUGUGUAUGUAUGUUAUUCUGUACACAUAUCCAUGUAGUCCAUGGUAAAUGUAAAUAAACUGUGUUCCUCUUAUGAGAGACUUCUUGUAGAGAAGUCUCCUAUGAGUCUAUCCAUACAUAGUUUCACUUAAAAGAGCUUUAAUUGACAUUUAUUAUGCCAAUUAAGCUUGGAAUGGGGCAAUGGAUGCAUUUCCCCAAAUGUCUAAAAGCACUAACAGCUUACACUGCUGAGUGAGAAUCUCCUGGGUGUAAUUUAGCCACUUAGGGAGCUGCAUUAACACUCCCAGGCCAUUAUGAGGCUGUUAAGGCUUCAGCGUACUGCGUGUGUGAGUGUUCAUUCUUUUCUGUUUUGUUCUUUCUUGUACAUUUGCUUCCACUUUACAGCCCAUUCCUUGUAAAUACAUCAAAAUAUUGGCAAUUAAAAGUGUAUCUUGAAUCAAAUUUUGGCCAUCAUUAUUUUAAAAUGAAUAUAAAUUGCAAAAUUAGUGCAUUGCCUAUAAUAUAUCAUGGGCCAUAAAAUGACAAAUAUCAUAUAAAAUGUUCCAGUGGUCCCUGCCUUUGCUAAGCAACAUAGUGGAAUGGAAAGAGCACUAGACCUGAAAGUAGGAGUCUGAAUUUCAGCCCCUGCUCUGCCACUCACACAUGCCAUGAACUCUUUGAGUCUUUUUUUCUCCAUAGGGGAAACCUUAAGAUUGGACUUGAUGAUCCCUAUUGGUUCCAUCUUGCCACAGGCCUUUUGCAUGUGCUGCUCUAACCUGCAGAUCAUAGAUAUCAAACCUACUUAGUGUUUAAAUCUUAGUUGCUGUCUCCCUUGUUCUGGGGAACUUUUCUUGAUUGCCUGGACUAUAAUGUUCUCCCUAUUUUGUGUUUCAUGACUUGCUGCUUUGUCUCAUCACUUGUGAUUUACAGCACGUUUACUUGAAUGACUACUUAACAACAUUCUUCCUGUGGGACUGUGGUAACCUGAGGGUAGGGACUAUAUUUCUUUUUAUUCACUCUUCUCUCCCAGUGCUCUGAAUGGGUUUUCAUAUGCAGGGAAAUAUUUAAUAUUAAAUGAGUAGCAAUUAUGUUUUUGUAUGUUAUGGGCUAAAUGGAAUUAUAGGCACAUAUUUACCUUCUAUUCUUAAAUAAUUAGAAAACUGGACAAAAUUCACAAGUUUUCAGACAUUGGACACCCAGUGGCACUGGGCAGUGGUUCCUGAGAGAAGCGAAAGCAAUGAUGUGAGCAUUUCCUGUGCCCUUGCUCAUGACCUUCACAGGAACCUUGGAACAGGAACCCAGACAGAGCCUGAUAGUUGUGCUGAGUUGAGAAAACUUGUGGAGAAGAAACUUGGAAAACAGGUUGCUGGAAGAGAGAGAGAGAGAGAGAUGUAAAAUGAACUGCGUUCUGAAUGUUUGUGCUCCCCACCCCCCCACCAUAGGUAUUUUGAAACACUAACCCUGAAAGUGGGGGCAUUAAAAGGCAGUGAUCUUUUGGGGGGUGAUCAGGUCCUGAGAGCAGAAGCUUCAUGAAUGGGAUUGGUGCCCUUAUACAGGAGGCCUUAGGGAGCCCAUUCAUAACCAUCUCUUGUGUGAGGACACAGAAGAUAUGUAAACCAGGCAUUCAAUUCUGCUGGUGCCUUGAUUUCUAACUUCAUCGUUUCCAGAACUGUGAGAAAUAAAUUUCUGUUGUUUAUGAAGCACUCAGUUUAUAGGGUUCUGUUAAAGCAGCCUGAAAGGGCAGAUGGGACUCUUCAAAUCAUUGGCUAAGAACUGAUUUGUACACAUUUGAGGAAACUACCAAGGCCAGGAAUGACUGCUGGGAAGAUCAAUCCCCCAAGCUCACACAGGGCCAGGAAUAGCCGGGGACCCCCUGGCCAGGGCAGAAAGACUUCUCUUCCAGGGAGCAUCAGGGAGCCUGUGGAAGCACAGAGCCUCAGCGGUGCUUGCUGCUCUGGGCCAACCCUAAAAUGGCUAAAAGAAAAUCUCAAAAGGACCAAAUAUUUCCAGGUAUGUAUGUCCCAGAACAAAGCCCCCUAAACAUUGACAAGAAUACAAAAAGAAAUAACAAUUAAAACAAAAUCCUAGCUCCCAAUAGCAUGAAAUUCAUGGAGUCCAGCAUUCAAUCAAAAUAUUUCAGGCUUGCAAAGAAUGACGAAAAUGUAAUCUGUAGCCAAGAGAAAAACCAUAAUGAAGAGACUCAGAAGACAAGAGUGUGAAAAAAGCUUUUAUAUUUACUCUCUAUGUGCCCUGAAACAGAUAGAAUAAAUAUAUUUUGGGUUACAAGAAAUGAGAGGAAAACAUGAUUGUAAUGAAGAUAAAAGUGGAAGAGAUUUUCAAAAAGACUCAAAUUGAAAUUCUCUUUAUUUAAAGAUUUAUUUAUUCAUUUAUUUGAAAGUCAGAGUUACACAGAGAUAGGGAGAGAGAGAGAGAGAAUCUUCCAUCUGCUGGUUCACUCCCCACAUGGCUACAUGGCUAGGACUGGGCCAUGCUGGAACCAGGAGCCAGGAGCUUUUUCCAGGUCUCCCAUGUGGGUGGCAAGAGCCUAAGCACUUGGCCAAUCUUCCCAAGCACACUAGUAGGGAGCUACAUCAGAAGUGGAGCAUCCAGGAAAUGAAUCAGUGCCCAUGUGGGAUGCUGGCAUUGCAGGUGGCAGUUUUACCUGCUUCACCACAACACCAGACCCUCAGAUUCUAAAGAUGAAAACCAUAUUACCUGAAAAGAACAUUACAUAAUAUGGUAGAUGAUAUUAACAGCAGACUGGAACCUAAAGAAGAAAAUCUUAGUGAACUUGAAGAGACACUAUCCAAAAGAGACACAGAGAAAAACAAAAGGCUGAAAAGAAAAGAAAGAUAGAAAAAGGGAGCAAGAUUUAUCUGUGGGACCAUAUUUACCUACUAACAGGAUAAGUGGAGUGGUGAGUGGCCUGGGUAGGCUGGUGAAGAAAGAAGGAUAGAAAAAACAUCUUUGAGGAAAUGAUGGCCAAAAUUUUCCAAAUUUGAUGAAAACUAUAAACUCGCAUUUCAAUGAAACUCAGCAUAACUGUCUUAGCCCACUGUUGCUAUGAUGAAAUACUUAAGAAUAGACAAUUUAUAAGGAGUCGAUGUUUAAUUGGCCUAUGGUUCUGGAGCCUGGGGGAUACAAGAACACGGGGCCAGCAUCUGCUGCCUACCUUGUACUCACGGUCAUAAUACAGCAGGGGGCGCCACGUGAUAACACAGCAAGCUGCUAGCAUGGGGCUUUCUUAUGAAGCUACUGAUGUCAUCACCGUGGCCCUACUGUCAUGAUGUCAUCUCAUCCAAAUGACCUUCCGAAGGCUCCACAUCCAAGUACCAUUAACAUACAGAUCUGAAAGAUCCUGAACACAUUCAAACCAUAAGAAUACUUCCAGCAAAAUUCUUGUAUUUUUCAAUAACAAAAGUUACUGUGGAAUGUUGAAAUGUCAAACCUCACAAGUGAGACCUGAGAGAUGCUUGUGAGGUCUAAAGAAGAGCGAUUAACCAGAAGAAAUGAGUGAUGAGGAAUUGAAUUUUCAAUUCCAUUUAAUUUUGCAUACUUAACUUUGACAGAAAUGAUACUUGAAUCAUUUUUUAGAAAACUUUACAUUUGGAAAUUGGGAAUAUAUUCCCAAUAUUUUCAACUGUAAAAUUUAUGAAAUCUAUAUAAAUAAAAUCUUUCUAAUGGAAUUUUUAAAUCUGGUUUGAGAUGCUAUCAGUGUAAAUUACUCAUUGCAUUUGACAGAUUUAAUAUAUAAAAGCAGAAUG